AAGAGUCCCUGCCCUGGGCCCCGCCUCUUGGCUUUGAGCAGGGGGUGGGGCUUGUCGGGGCGGAACCCCUGAGGCGGGAACCGCUGUGGAUUGCUGGAGUCCGAGGCGACCAGCACCGCGUGGUAGUCGCAGCAGUCCGCCGCCUGUAGACUUUGGGCCGUCGGAGACAUGGUCGGUACCCAGAAAGAGCACGUCGGGACAACUCCCGUAGUUUGUGCGGAGUAUGAACUGGGAGCAUCGUGUAUGCCCGGAAGGAGGCAAGGGCGGCCAGGUCGCGCUGUCUCUUUAAGAACGCUCUCCUGCUAACUGAGACCAUGCAGAGGCCUCCAUGGCUGUGAUAAGCCUCAUGUUCUUGGCAGUGAUGUAUGUUGUUCACCACCCCCUGAUGGUCAGUGACCGGAUGGACCUGGACACGCUAGCCAGGAGUCGGCAGCUGGAGAAACGAAUGAGCGAGGAGAUGCGGCAGUUAGAGAUAGAGUUUGAAGAGAGAAGUCGAGCAGCUGAGCAGAAGCAGAAAGCUGAGAACUUCUGGAGAGGGGACACAUCCAAUGACCAGUUAGUGCUGGGGAAGAAAGACCUGGGAUGGCCGUUCCAGGCCAGUGGCCAAGAUGAGGGCCCCCUGGGCUGGGUACUGGGGAACCUGUGGAACGCAGGCCUCUUUUGCCUUUUCCUCGUCUUUGAGCUCCUGCGACAGAACAUGCAGCACGAGCCAGCCUUUGAAUCCAGCAGCGAGGAGGAAGAGGAAGAAAUCCGUGUUGUGCCCGUCUCCUCUUACACCUGGCUCUCUGAUUUUCCCUCCCAGGAAGCCCUGGAAUCCUUUUACAAACAUUAUAUCCAAAAUGCCAUCCGUGACCUGCCCUGCACCUGUGAGUUUGUGGAGAGCUUUGUGGAUGAUCUCAUUGAGGCCUGUCGGGUGCUCAGCCGCCGGGAGGCUCACCCACAGUUGGAGGACUGCCUGGGCAUUGGGGCAGCCUUUGAGAAGUGGGGGACACUCCACGAGACACAGAAAUUUGAUGUCCUAGUGCCCAUUGUCCCCCCACAGGGCACGAUGUUCAUCUUGGAGAUGAGAGAUCCGGCUCUGGGCCGUCGGUGUGGCUGUGUGAAGGUGGACUCUGAGUGCAUGUGCAAACACGAGAAGCUCUUGGGGGACGUGCUGUGUCUGGUGCACCACAGGGACCACUCGUCCAUGCUGAGCAAGUGUGCGAGCUCCAUCAAGGCGGCUCUGUGCACCAGCUCGCGCCUGGACGUGUGCAAGACUGUGCAGUGGUUCCGAAACAUGGUGAGCAACGCAUGGGCACUGGUGGCCCACAAGUACGACUUUAAGCUCACUCUCCCGCCCGCCACCACCUCCUGCAAGCUCAGGUUGGAUUACCGCUCAGGACGCUCUCUAUCGAUCAGUUUGAUUCUAGGGGUGCAGCGGGAAGAUACCUUGGUCUACCUGGUGAGUCAGGCUCCUGAGCGGGAACAGCUCACCAGUGUGGACUGGCCUGAGUCCUUCGCAGCUUGUGAACACUUGUUUCUGAAGCUGGUGGGGCGCUUCGCCCCCGAGAACACCUGCCACCUCAAGUGCCUGCAGAUUAUCUUGAGUCUUCGGGACCAUCAGAUCUUACCCCCGGGAGCAUCGUGCCCCAUUCUCACCUCCUACCACUUCAAAACGGCCCUCAUGCAUUUGCUGCUUCGACUGCCUCUGACAGACUGGCAGCACGGCCUGCUGUCUCAGCGCCUCCAGGACCUCCUCUGGUUCUUAGGCCGAGGUCUCCAGCAGAGGUCUCUCCAUCAUUUCCUCAUUGGUAACACCUACCUGCCCCUGACCAUACCCAUUCCUAAGGCAUUUCGGAAUGCUGAGCCUGUCAAUCUUUUCCAGCACCUGGUACUAAACCCAGUGGCACACUCGCAAGCAGUGGAGGAGUUCCACAACCUUCUAGCCCAGGUGAAAACUCUGCCUUGCUCCCCACAGGCUGGAGGACUUUAAUGGAAAGGCCAUUAAAAUAUAUACAUAUGUAUAGAUAGGUAUUCUGAUUCCUCAGGCUGUGAACAUGACUGACCUUCACCUUGCCCGAGGACUGUGGUAGAAUAAAUCCCUCUUAGAAGCUUGUGUAGAAGGCUGCAGCCACUGGAGCCUGAUCUGGGAGGGCUGGGGGUGGCUGAGGGUUUAUCUCCUGACUUAAUUUUUUUUUGUUUGUUUGUUUGGAUUUGUUUUUUUCAAGACAGGGUUUCUCUGUAUAGCCCUGGCUGUCCUGGAACUCACUCUGUAGACCAGGCUAGCCUCGAACUCAGAAAUCUGCCUGCCUCUGCCUCCCAGAGUGCUGGGAUUACAGGCACGCGCCACCACCGCCUGGCUUCCUGACUUAAUUUUAGCCACGACCUAAAGAAAGAAAAAGUGUGUGGAAGCAAAUGCUAGGAGGGGUUUGCCGCUGUGGCGCUGAGAUCCUGGGAAGCUGCAUUUUGUAUCAACACUGGAAGCCAAAGCUCCAGAGAUCACGCCAGCUCGCUUUCUGAGACUGGCUCUGUGGUCCCCGUGAAAUGGCUUGUUGCACUGUUAGCCUAAUUUCCACCCAGACUGAUACAUUCCACCUUUAUUCUUUGAAGCAUCAGCCACAAUUUAUACUUCAAGAUGUAAGUUUUCAUGACUAGUUUGGAAGUAUAACCAAGAUGUUUCUUUUCUUUUUUGUUUAUUUUUUCCCCCGAGACAAGAUCUCUGUGUGUGUAGCCCUGUCUGUCCUAGAACUCACUCCAUAGGCCUGGCUGGCUUUGAACUUAUAGAAGACCUGCCUAUAUAGACCUGGCUUCCACCUGCUUCUGACUCCCAAGUUCUGGGAGUGCGUGCUGCCACCACCAGGCAGAGAGAGAUUUGUAUUUUAUGUGAGUGUUUUGUCUGUAUUCAAGUCUAUGCAUCACAUGCAUGUAAUACCUGCAGAGGAGAUGGUUGUGAGCUGCUGUGUGGGUGCUAGGAAUUUAACUCAGGUCUUCUGGAAAAGCAGCCAAUGCUCUUAACCACUGAGCCAACUUUCCAGCCUUGUUCUUUUCUUUUUCUUAAUUGGCAUACACAUUUAUAGCUGUUUUCAUGUGUUUGAGUACUCAAAUAUUUGUUAGUUUUGAUUCAUUAUAAGUUAAUGGUGACCCAUCCCAUAUUGAGAGAAUGUGUUUCCUAUACUUAAUGAAAUAAGCGACACCUGAUGACCUUCCUCGUUCCUGGAAGCAGUAUUAGAAAUCUCUUCCUGGUGAUCUUCUGGGGGCUCUCGGAUGAACAGUUUGUUUCCUAGAGAGGAGCCUAUCUGUUAAAUGGAAAGGCUGAGCUGCCCUGUGUGCGUUCUUCUGGCGAUGGCUUUCCAUUCUCUUUUCAAAGAUGACAGAGAGGUUACUUGAACUUCGUGGUUUUGAAAUGAGGAGCCAUCACAAUCCAGGCCCAUUGCCAAGGCUGGGCAGGAAGGCCUGUGAUCAGCUCUGAGAUCCCUGAUUAUAGUUGGUGAUUGUCACGUUUCCCUCUUGUUCCAAAACCUGCAUCUUGAGGAGUAUUAAAAAAUAGUUAUGGGUGUGGUUGUUUUUUGAAAUAUCAAGGCUGUUCUGUACCCAACACUGCCAGGAAAUCUGCUGGGAAGGAGACCCUGGCCCUUCGUUUGACUUGCCUUCUGCUGUUGGUGAGGAAGGAGGUAUCAAGCCCCUUUGGGAUUUCUGUUGAGGGAUCCACACCAUAGCAAAAAUAAAAGAAUUCUAGAAACCGAUGUCAAUGUUUGAAAUUCUUGCUACAUAGAGGUACUAUAUACUCCCACGCUACCUGCUUUCCAGGUCAGAGGAUGAUGUGAUGGCUCUAUGCUGGUGGAAUUUCUGUUUUUAAGAUGUCUGUAACUUUUUAGAAAACUAUCUGCUUCUAUAUUAACUUCAAUAAAAAAAAAAUGGAGUCUGUUCUCUGUA